AUGUUCCGCUCUUCAAUAUCCAUCUUCGGCAUCCGCACCCCCCGCCCCGACCACGAUGCCGAGAACCCCCCCGUCCCCAGUCUCAGUCUCCCCGUGCAGCCCUCGCCCGCGCCCCCCUCGCGCUUCGCCCGCUUCUCGACCAACGCGCGCACCAUGGUCGGCUCGUCCGUGUACUCGCAGUCCCCCGGGCCGCCCAAAUGGCGCACUCCCAAGAUGCCCUCCAUGGGCUUCAGCCGGCGCCCUGUAUCCGCCGACCUCGAGACCGUAAUCAACCCCGCCUUCGCCUCGCACUCGGCCGCCUCGUACGUCGGCACCAUCUCGCAGGACAGCCCCCCGCCGCUGUCCUACCGCCACCCCGCAGACGUCCAGCUCCCCGCCGACGACCCCUUCGUCGACCCCGAGGCCGCGCCAGGCGCAGAGGAGAACCCCGGACCCCGCCGCCAUCGCCGCCGCAGGCGCAGGCGGCAGCACCGCGCGGACCACUGGAAGCGCAAGCGGUCGGACCGCGGCAAGCUGAUGCCGUUUGUGCGCGGGGCGGCGGCGCGCGGGAAGCUGAUUGCGUGUAUUAUCUCUGGUAGUUUUUUGGUUGUUGUGUUGAGUACUUACCUCGCAAUCGCCCUCACCAACAAAGACAUUGGCCAGGAAAUCCACAUCCUUUUCAUCCUCCUCCUGCUCAGCAUCACAAUCUUCUUCUGCCACUCCCUAAUCCGGCUGUGCAUGCUGCUCCUCAACCCCCCACCACCCUCCUCCUCCUCCUCCACCUCCGCCCCCGCCUUCCAGCUCAACCCCGCCGGCUUCAGCCCCGAAAUCCCUAUCCCAGUGCGCCUCGCGCGCGACGACGACCUCGUCUCGGACUCGGAGGACGAGUGGGACGAGAAGCACGAGAAAGAGGCGUUGCCGCCGCCGCCGCCCGCGUAUGGGCUGUGGCGCAGUAGUGUGCGCGCGGAUCCGAAUCUGCUGCACUGGGCGCGUGUCGAGGGUGCGCGCGCCGAGAGCGCUGUUUCUAUGCCGCGGAGUCGGAACGGGAGCGUGGUUGCGAGUUCCGUGGGCGCGCCCAACGCCCCCGGCGCUACUGGUGCUGCUGGUGCUCAGAGUGUUGUAGCAGAGCCGGUCGUCGGGCCCCGGCCGCCGAGCUACGUGCUCGACGACGCGCACGCGGCGGGCGGUUUCGCGGCGCCGGCGCCCAGCGCGGGGAGUCCCGGGGUUGCAGGGCAGCCGGUGCAUCCGGCGUGGCGCGCGAGUUAUGUUAUGAGUGAGAUAAGGCCGGGGGAGGUGCCUGCGGGGGUUGGGCGGCGGUUGACGUAG